AGUGAAUUGGUAACAGUUUUUGAAGCCACGCCAUGAUUUCGAAGUGUAUCAUCGUUCUUGCGCUCGUCGCCCAUGCGGUACUCGGCCGUACCACCGGUACUUCCGCGCAAAACGCCGUACACGAAGCGGCGCCUAAACCCGAAGGGAAUUCUUAUGUCAGUGACUUUCGGUAUAUGUAUAAAGUGUAUCAAGAAUGUGCUGCUACCGACGUAAUGUCUUGUUUAAAACUCAAGCUGGUCGCUGCAUUGGACCGCGCUGCCAAGUCGUACACAGAACUACCCUUAUUUGAAGGAAUUAAGUUCGUUAAGGACCCUCAAGCUGCUUCUGCCCCUGCUGAAGUUAAAACUGAAGCCGAAAUCGAAGCGAACCUUCCAAGGUCCUUGGACGAAAAAGAAAAUGCCUUGGAUAGCAUCUUAACCGACAGAGUAUCCAACUUCUUAGGUUCACACACCCUUCAGAUCAAGUUACCAAGCACUUCCGAAAUGCAAGAAGAGGGCCGUGGAAAGAAAAAGAAGGGAAACCAGGGUCUCCUUCUCUUGCCUCUUAUCUUGGGAGGUACUCUAAUUCCCUUAGCCCUUGGUGCCCUAGCCCUUUUGGCCGGAAAAGCUCUAAUUGUGUCUAAAUUAGCCCUGGUUCUGGCUGGUAUUAUUGGAUUGAAGAAACUUCUUUCUGGACAUGGUGGUAGCGACAACGGCCAUGUUGAAGUUUACAGUGCAGGACACUCUGGUUGGGGAAGGUCGUACAAUAAGGAGGAGGCACAGAAUAUGGCGUAUCAGGCGUAUGCCCCGAAAACAACGACAUAAGUUAUUGUAUAGUAAAGAUUAUUUAUUUUAAUUUAUUGAAUCCUGACUCAACUCUGUAAGACUUAUUUAAUUUAAUAAUAAUUACAAAUUUUGUUAUAA